UUUCCAGGGGGAACAAAAACAACGGCGGACCAGAUUUCCAAGAAUAUUUGAGAGCCACUUGUUUCAGUUAAAGUUACGUAAUGAUGACAGCAGCACUUCUUAUCUAACAACCUUAAUUUAGACACAGGUACGAUGUGAAUGGCUUCUGCUGGAGCUCUUUUAACCCGGUUUUACACCUCACGCCCCGGUGUUAUUGCGCGUAGAUUUCUGGCACAUGCGGGAAUGGACGACAUGGGCGUAAGCCUGAGUCGCUCUUCCCUUGAACGACUCGAGUUUGACAAUGUUGCUCUUAAAAAACUCCCCCUGGACCCGUCCACCGAAGCAGGGGUCCGGCAGGUCCGAGGGUCCUGCUUCUCCAGAGUCCAGCCGACCCCUCUGAAGAGCCCGGAGUUUGUGGCGGUCUCUGCUCCAGCUUUGGCGCUUCUGGGUCUGGAUGCCGAGGAGGUGUUGAAGGAUCCUCUGGGCCCGGAGUAUCUGAGCGGCUCUAAAGUGUUGCCCGGGUCAGAGCCUGCUGCCCACUGCUACUGCGGACACCAGUUCGGACAGUUUGCCGGACAGCUCGGGGACGGAGCUGCGUGUUAUCUGGGAGAAGUGAAAGCACCGGCGGGUCAGAGCCCGGAGUUACUGCGAGAGAAUCCGACUGGACGCUGGGAGAUCCAGGUGAAGGGUGCUGGAUUGACUCCGUACUCCAGACAGGCAGAUGGGCGUAAGGUUUUGCGCUCCAGCAUUCGUGAGUUCCUGUGCAGUGAGGCAGUCUUUGCUUUAGGAGUGCCAACCACGAGAGCUGGAUCAGUCGUGACGUCAGAUUCACGAGUCAUGAGGGAUAUAUUCUACGAUGGCAACCCACGCAUGGAAAGAUGCUCUGUGGUCCUGCGCAUUGCUCCCAGCUUCAUUAGGUUUGGAUCGUUCGAGAUCUUCAAGCGAGCGGAUGAGUUCACUGGCCGUCAGGGUCCCAGUUAUGGCCACGAUGAGCUGCGGACACAGAUGCUAGAGUACGUCAUUGAGAACUUCUACCCUGAGAUCUAUCACAAUCAUCCAGACCGCACUGAGAGAAACACUGCUUUCUUCAGAGAGGUGACGGUUCGAACAGCGAGGCUGGUGGCUCAGUGGCAGUGUGUGGGUUUCUGUCAUGGUGUCCUCAAUACUGAUAACAUGAGCAUCCUGGGCCUGACUUUAGAUUACGGACCUUUUGGCUUCAUGGACCGUUUUGACCCUGAUUUCAUCUGCAAUGCUAGUGAUAACUCGGGCCGCUAUUCGUACCAGGCGCAGCCGGCCAUCUGCCGCUGGAAUUUAGCCCGUCUGGCUGAAGCGCUGGAGCCUGAUUUACCUCCCGAUCGAGCUGAGCAGGUGCUGGACGAGUAUCUGCCACUCUAUAAUGAUUUCUAUCUGAGCAACAUGAGGAAGAAACUGGGUUUAUUGAGGAAGGAGGAACCAGAGGACGAGAUGCUGAUCACAGAGCUCAUGCAGACCAUGCACAACACGGGUGCCGACUUCACCAACACUUUCCGCAGCUUGAGUCAAAUUUCCUGCCCGACUCAGGAGGAGGCUGAAGAUGAAAGCGAGACUAUAAAACAAGCCACAGAGCUGCUCCUGCACCAGUCUGCCUCUCUAGAGGAGCUGAAAGCUGCAAAUAGACCCACCAUGGACCCACGUGAGCUUGCAAUGCUGCUGUCUAUGGCUCAGAGUAACCCUGCCCUCUUCCAGAUGAUUUCGGACAGGAAGACAGUUGCCCGGCAGCUGGAAAGACUAUCCAGACUGAAGGAGCUGAUGGACACCACUGAAGAACAGCUGAGGGUCAAACACACUGAACUCUGGUCCGGCUGGAUCCAAAAAUACAGGCAGCGUCUUGCUCGUGAGUGUGAGUCUGGGGUUGAUGUGAAAGAUGUACAGAAGGAGAGAGUGUGUGUGAUGAACAACAGCAACCCGCAUGUGGUGCUCAGAAACUACAUUGCCCAGAAUGCAAUAGCAGCAGCUGAAAAUGGAGACUUCUCAGAGGUCCAGAGAGUCCUGAAAGUGCUGGAAAAGCCGUUCUCAGUGCAGGAAGGUCUUGAACAGCCGGGUUGGAUAGGAAGAGGAGGAGCAGAAGAUCCUGGAGAAAGAGACGAGACUCAAGAAGAAGGGAGUAACAGUUCAGGAGCAGGGGCUCGAGGGCUUGUCCCAUAUGACAGCAAACCCCCCGUCUGGGCCAAUGAGAUCUGUGUCACCUGAUCAUCAUAAAACCUUCGUGACAACUAACCUGCUCAUUAAAGCAGAAUAAUCCUGCAGAAGCUGGUUAGGCGUCAGCGGAGGUAUUAAAUGAGGUGUUAAACUCCUGUCCACCAGUUCAAAAAAUGGGUAAGGGGUAAAUGAAAUUUGACUGGUUUUUAAUGAUGACUUUGACCAGCAGUCUUAGCAUGACAGGUCUCAGUCGGAAAGACAGAAGUUAAGCCUCUUUA